CCUGGCUGGCCCAAGCACUGUGCAGGGAUGAAAGUGCCUAGCAGAGGAGCAUGGCAAAAUGGCUGUGUGGUGUCCUUCUCUCCCCUCUUGGCCAGGGUGAGGCCACGCCACCUCCUCCCCUGCCCCGGAGCCGCAGGGAAAGCUGGCCUGCUGGAAGGCGAUGAGCCGCAUCCCCAACCAAGUUUUCAGAGCAGCCUGGAGAGUGUAUCGCCUGGCAACCUACUGCCUGUGCCACACGGACCCCUCCCUCCUGCUCCUCAACUUGCUGCUCUUUCCUCUGCUGGGCUGGCGUCAGGAGCGCCAGCAGGGGACCCUGCGCUACCUCCACGCCUCCCUGCUCAGCGCGGUGAUCUCGGCUCUGCUCUACCUCGUCCUGGUUGGGCUCUGGGCGCCUGCCCCUGAUGCUGCCAGCGGCUACACUCCGGUCCACCUGGCCAUGCUGGGGCGCCAUCUGGUACUGAGGAGCAGGGCUGGGGCCUCGGGGCAGGUUUGUGCUGGGGCCUUGCCCUGGCUGCUCCUCGCGUUCAGCCAGCUUCUCUCCCCCAGGUGCCCCUUCCUCCUCCACCUGAGUGGUGCGCUCACAGGGCUGGCCUAUUGGUUCAGGGUCUUGUCGUGGCUGGAGCUAUCGGAGAGGCGCCUGGAAGUGCUACAUGAUGGGGCUGUUUGCAGGACACUGGCGAGAAGCGGCUCUGUCCGCUUUAUCCUGUGCCCAAGAGCGGGGAUCCUUCCCACUAGCCAUGCGGCCAGCACCAGGGGCAGGUACAUGAGGUCUCCAGGACUCUCUGCCCCUCCAGCCCAGCAGUGCUUCUCGGGGGGCCUUUCAGACCAGUCCUUGGCCGUGGCACCUGCCUCUUCUUGGGCUGCCGAAAGACCAGGGUGCUGGCAGAGCUCUGGGAUGCCAUAUCUGUCCAUCCCUCUGACUCACUUCCCAGAUCUCCAUGGGAGCCCUCCCCCCUGGGACAGCCCCAGCCUGCACUCUGGGGGAUCACUCUUGGGCCUGGGAGAGGUCCUGCUGGAUGAGCAGCUGCUGCUGGCCGGGAUCCAGGCCUCCCUGAGGGAUGCCAGCCUGGAGGCUGCCGUGGGCGGAGUGCAGCUUUCCAAAUCCUCUGUCUCCUCUCUGCGGCUGCAGCAGCUGGAGAGGAUGGGCUUCCCUACGGAGCAGGCGGUGGUGGCACUGGCAGCCACUGGCCGAGUGGAGAGGGCCGUCUCACUGCUUAUUGGAGGCCAGGUCGGGGAUGAAGCCAUGGUGAUGCUAGAGAGCAGGCCAGCCUGCCAUGAGCAUCUGCUUCCCACAGAGCAAGCCGCACCGUGCUUUCCCACCACAGAAUAAAGGGCCCCAGUAAUUAACGGUGGAAAUACGGCCCCAAGCUGAACCAUUGGGUUUGAGAUCACCAGGCCCUGAGGGAAGGAAGAGAGCAAAGCCCAUUACUGGAAGCACCAUGAGCUUGGGGGCCUGCACCCUCUAUCCCAAGAUGGGGGAGUCCUGUAGGGCUCAGCUCCAGGCCUGGGCUCAUGGGGAAUGGUUAGACUCAUAGACUUAAGGUCAGAAGGGACCAUUAUGAUCAUCUAGUCUGACCUCCUGCACAAU